AUGGCUACUAAACCGACGCUUUCCAAUGAACAAGUCACAGCGGCAAUGAAUGCCAUGCUCGCCAAGGGAAUGGAAAUUCCGGACGAACCGGUGGCGAUGGCAAUUGUGGACGCUGGUGGUGAGUUGCUGGCAUACCGCACCAUGGACAACCUCCGCAUUUUCAGUCGCCGCCAUGCCCUCCGCAAGGCAUACACUUCAGCCGUCAUGGGCCAGGACUCCGGCGCCCACGCCGCCCGAUUGCAGGAACAGGGUCGGGGCAUCGCUGACCUUGGUGACCCCCGGUUUACUCACGGUCAAGGCGGAUUGGUCAUCAUGCAGGACGGCGUGAUUCUGGGCGGCAUCGGCGUGGGUGGCUAUCCCAGUGGCCAGCGCGACGAAGAUUUGUCCCGGGUUGGACUAAACGUAAUCAACUUGUAA